UGGUCAACUUAACCUCUACAUCUAUCUCGUGUCUCUAUCGAUCAACACUUAAGUUGGGUCAACUUAUUGAACCUUCGGACCCACCUUCUCUACGUUCCUAUCUCUUUAUAUACAAAUACAAAAACCAAACACCAACGUAACUAGUAUCUCAUAAACAACAACACCAUUCUCAUAAAAGAAAAACACACACACAUUCAUUCACCAAUCACCAUGGAUGAACCCACAUUACUCUUCCCACCCGACACAGACCUCGACCUCAGUUUUACCAGCACCACCACCGACCGCACCUUCACCUCCUCCAGUGCUCGCACCAGUUUAGCCCGAACAAGCAGCCUUGCUCUCAGUUUCAACGAUCGUCUCUCAACCGCCUCCGCUGCUGUCGAUAUUGUCUCCUCCACCGUCAUCCGUCGUCCACACCGUAGCUCCGAUCCAAACUGGACAGCUAUCAAGGCCGCCACCAAUCUCUCCUCCGACGGCAGACUUCACCUCCGUCAUUUAAAACUCCUCCGCCACUUAGGCUCCGGUGACCUCGGCCGUGUCUUCCUCUGCCGCUUACGCGAUUACGACGGCGCAAAUUUCGCACUUAAAGUUGUUGACAAAGACCUUCUUAACCCUAAGAAACUCUCUCACGCGGAAACAGAAGCAGAGAUUCUCCAUACGCUGGAUCACCCUUUUCUCCCCACGCUCUACGCGCGUAUCGACGUGUCACACUACACGUGUCUCCUUAUCGACUACUGCCCCGGCGGUGACCUCCACUCUCUCCUCCGUAAACAGCCUGGUAACCGUCUCACGCUCUCAGCAGCGCGCUUCUUCGCCGCGGAGAUCCUCGUCGCGCUCGAGUAUCUCCACGCGCUUGGAGUCGUAUACCGCGACCUGAAACCCGAGAACGUGCUUCUACGCGAAGACGGACACGUCAUGCUUUCAGAUUUUGACCUUUGCUUCAAAGCUGACGUGGCACCCACGUUCGAACCCUGCACCGUUCACAAACCCAAAGUAGGCUCCACUUGCGGUUGUUUCAGUUAUAACGGAUCGAGAUCACGCGAUUCUCGCGAGCGUGUCGUUGCUGAGUUUGUUGCGGAACCUAUAACGGCGUUUUCACGGUCGUGUGUUGGGACCCACGAGUAUUUAGCACCGGAGCUUGUUUCGGGUAACGGUCACGGCAACGGCGUGGAUUGGUGGGCUUUUGGUGUUUUCAUUUACGAGUUGUUAUACGGAACGACGCCGUUUAAGGGGUGUAGCAAAGAAAACACACUACGCAAUAUAGCAUCUCCUAAUAACGUGAGGUUCCACGUGGCGGAGAAUGAGGAGGUAGGAAUGGUAGAAGCGAGGGAUUUGAUAGAGAAGUUGUUAGUUAAAGAUCCACGGAGGAGGCUAGGGUGCGCCAGGGGUGCUACGGAUGUUAAACGACACCCUUUUUUUGAUGGGAUUAAAUGGCCUUUGAUUAGAAACUAUAGGGCACCUGAAGUAAAGGGUUUAGUAUUGAGGAGGAAAAAAUCAGAUUCACAUCUCAGUCACGUGAAUAGUAAAAGGAGGAGGUGGUGGAAGAGACUUGGUUGUGCAUUGAGAAACAAAGGAACUCGAUUUGAUUUACUUUCAAACUUUAGUAAUAAUAAUUAUUAUUGUUACGUUAAUGAUAGUAAUGUUAGGACAGGUAAAUUCAAUUGAGCUUAUGUUUAGUUUUCAUUUUGAAUGGAGUUGUAGAUCAAUACAAGGAUAGUCAAUAGUGUGACCAUAGUUUUCAAUUUUGGGUGUAGUUUUUCACGUACCAUACAGGUUCACAGUUUGUAUAUGAAUCAUCAAUCGCAUACGAUAUAAGAUCUUUAAUUCAUCU